AUGCCUUUUUUGGAAGAAAGCGAAGCCGAUUCUGUGCCAGAAUCCUUAGUCAAAGUAGGGGUGGUAUACAUUCAAAUUAACUUCAGAAAAGUUUUUUUCACAAAGUGUCUUUUAAAUCCAGGAGCCAGCAGUGGUAUAGGCAGAGAGACAUGUAAGGUGCUGGCCAGGGAAGGAGCUACUGUGGUGGUCACCUGUAUAGAUGAGGCCGGGGCCCACGAGACUCUCAAACUGUUACCAGGUUCCGGACAUUCUGUGUAUAAGUACGAUGUCACCGACUUCAAGUCAGCCCCGGAACUGCUCAAGGCCAUUGUCCAGAAGUACAACAGACCUCCCAACAUCCUAGUCAACUCCGCUGGAAUCGCCGAUCACAAACCAACCCUAACAGAGACGCCAGACACCUUCCAGCGAAUGCUCGAUGUCAACCUUAAGGGCACCUUCUUCACAAGCCAGGCUGUGUGCAAGGAACUCGUCGCUGCCAAACUUCCAGGAGCCAUUGUUAACAUAUCUAGUGUGGCAGUCCUGAAAGGUAUUGAAGGCAUCUGUUCCUACACGGCCUCCAAGGCUGGGGUCGAAGCUAUCACCAAGUGCAUGGCCAUGGAUAUGAGCCAAUACAAUAUCCGAGUGAACAGUAUCCAGCCUGGAUGGACUGAUACAAGGAUGGCAGCUGAGGUACCCGUGGAUAUGGAUCUCACUCUUGAAUCCUGGAUUGCACAGUUGGCAACCAAACGAGCUGGAAAGCCCAUAGAGAUUGCCGAAGUGGCGACAUUUCUCGCAUCUGACCGAGCCUCUUACAUAAACGGGACUUCCAUCAACGUCUCAGGGGGUUACUGAAAUAUGCUGUUUCCAAACCUUGUGAUUUUUUAAAUGUACCUAUUACCAAAUCUUAAUAAUAAACUGUCACACAUUUUUCCCAUUGCUCUUCA